AUGGUCAAAUACACAGAAGAGCAAUUAUUUGAGAUUCAAAAUGAUUCUAAUUAUGUUCCUCAAUCACAUAUUCUUGCUGCGUUCAAUGAGAUGAUUGAGCAUGUUAGAGAACAUGCUCAUCAACAACAAGUUCAAUAUCAGCAACAUCAACAACACCAACAACAUCAAGGUCAAGGUCAAGGUCAAGGUCAAGGUCAAGGUACAGGACCAAAUGCUGCUAAAUGGAGAAAUGGCGAUACCUAUAUUGAUCAACAUGGUAACGAGAGAAGUUAUCAUCAUAUGAAUAGGCGUAGAGGGUCUAGGUCGGCAGGCAAUAGUGAGAAAAAACCUUUUCAUAGAAUUGUCAAAGAUGAGGAUGGAUGGGAAACUUUCGCUGCUCCAUCCUCUACUAGCAGCGGCGCCGGCGUUGGUGGUAAUGCAAGGGCAAGUUUUGGUGGCGAAGACGCAAAUGACGAGAAAAACAAGUUUAGAGAAGCUAUUAAUAGCACGGUUAAAGCAAGGCCAAAUAAUAAAAAUUUAGGAAGUUCAAAAGCGGUUGAUCCUAGAGAAAUUGUUAGCGACAAACAAACUAGAACCUUUAACGCCUUUGAGGCAUUAGAAGGGGACGAUGAUGGCGACAGCGAGUAA